GCUUCUGCCAGCUGGAUCGUGCUACCUGCGAACCUCGGUAGCCGCGCUCGCAGGGGUGACUCAAAGCUGCCCGGGCUGGCGCGAGGAGAGCGGGCGCAUUUAGGAUUGUCUCGAAACCUCCCUCAUCCUUCGCGCAAACUUCUGCGGGGAGACCGUCGCAGGAAAGCUCCUGAAUUCACCACGCUUUUUGCCUGGGGAGGGAGAAAGAAAGGAGUUGGAUGAUUAGGGGUUUGGCAGUUCGUGUUGGGAUUUUGUUUUGUUUUUCCUUCUCCAUCCCCUUCCACCGCCCAGUCUCUGUCAAGAGCUUCCUCUCUUAUUUUUUUCCCGUGCGAACUUCACUACUGUGAGGUGACGGGGGCUGGGCAGGUUGCUCUCACUUGCUCUUGGCGCGGAAGAGGUACAAAAACCUGCCGGCUACCCUACCCAGAGUGAGGGGAAGUGACCCCGGGCAAAAUUAGAUCACUGAGCGGUCCGGUCAGUCAGGCAUCCCAUGCAGGAAUAGCGGGAGGUGCAGUCUGGGUGCGAGAUCCGGGGGAGCGGGGUUUGCACCUGAGUUGCAAGGAAGGGGCCAGUAGACAGAGCCCUUGCGGCGGUGCCCCCCCCAGCCCCCUGGCUGGGCGGAAGCGGGGAUGGGGUCACUGACGACGAGGGAAACUCCAAGCCCUCAUCUUCCCCUCCCAUGAAUUAACGCCGCCGCCACCCCGAGGGAAGGGGGAUUGGAAAGAGAAGACGAGCGAGCGACAACUUCCACGGCAAGAUUUAGCUGUAAGUUAACGUGAGCGGCGGAUAGGAGAAGCGGGAAAGCGAUGCCUUUGAGGCUGCGCUGGUUUUGGUGGUGGGCGGUGGUGUGUAGUAGCUAUUGCUGCUGCCCCCCGCCUGUGCUGCCUCUCCUGCCCGCCGCGGGGGCGCUUCUCCUGGGCAGCAGGAGCGCCGCAGGCUUCGGCACAGGGAGCAGCAAGGAGCAGCCUCAGGCGGCAGUCUCCACCUCUUCCUCCCCUGCGGGCUUCCUUUACCGUCGCCUUAAGUCCCACGAGAAACGGGAGAUGCAGAAGGAGAUUCUCUCCGUGUUGGGGUUGCCUCACCGGCCCCGGCCCGCGCACGGACUUCAACUGCAGCAGCAAGGAGAGCCCGAAGUUCCUCUUCCCCAGCAGCACCGGCGGCAGCAGUCGGCGCCCCCGCCGGGCAGGCUUAACUCUGCGCCUCUCUUCAUGCUGGAUCUCUAUAACACGCUGUCCGGCGAGGAGGCAGCGGCGGCGGCGGAGGAAGAAGAGGCCGAGCAUCGCGGCAGCGCCCGGCAGUCCUCCACUGCGCGACCUCUGCAGCGCAAAACGCUCCUCAGCCACAACCUGGGAUCCUCCGGCAAUCCUAACCUGGCUAGCUCGCAGGACAGUGCCUUCCUCAGUGAGGCUGACAUGAUCAUGAGCUUUGUCAACCUGGUUGAAUAUGACAAGGAAUUCAUGCCUUAUCAGCAUCACCACAAGGAGUUCAAAUUUAAUUUGUCUCAGAUUCCAGAAGGAGAGGCUGUUACUGCUGCUGAAUUCCGAAUCUACAAGGACUGUGUUUUUGGAGGCUUUAAAAAUCAAACCUUUCUGAUUAGCAUCUAUCAAGUAUUGCAAGAAUAUCAGAACAGAGAUUCAGACUUGUUUAUGCUGGACACCAGAAUAGUAUGGGCCUCAGAAGAAGGCUGGCUAGAAUUUGACAUCACUGCUACUAGCAACAUGUGGGUGAUAAACCCUCAGCAUAAUUUGGGACUCCAGAUGAGUGUGGUGACUAGAGAUGGUCUCAGUAUAAACCCUAGAGAAGCAGGACUAAUAGGUCGAGAUGGUCCUUAUGAUAAACAGCCUUUCAUGGUGGCUUUUUUCAAAGUGAGUGAAGUUCAUGUUCGAACUGCUAGGUCAGCUCCCAGCAGACGCAGGGACCAGAGCAGAAACCGCUCCACACAACCUCAAGAUGUUUCCAGGACAUCCAGUAUCACAGAUUACAACAGCAGUGAUCUAAAAACAGCUUGCAGAAAGCAUGAACUUUACGUGAGCUUCCAAGACUUGGGAUGGCAGGAUUGGAUAAUUGCACCAAAGGGUUAUGCUGCAAACUACUGUGAUGGAGAAUGCUCGUUUCCUCUCAAUGCUCAUAUGAAUGCCACCAAUCAUGCCAUUGUGCAAACUUUGGUUCACCUAAUGAAUCCAGAGAAUGUUCCCAAACCAUGUUGUGCUCCUACAAAACUCAAUGCAAUUUCAGUUCUUUACUUUGAUGACAAUUCUAACGUCAUUUUGAAAAAAUACAGGAAUAUGGUGGUAAGAGCUUGUGGAUGUCACUGACAGAAAGUUUCUUUACACGAUGCUUCAAAAAGAAAAUCUAAUGCUUCUGGAAUAGCAUUUGUGCCUUAAGAAGGAAUAAUGAAAAGCAAGGAAUUCUGUUACUACUUGCUAAGUAUUUGCAAAGUAAUGGCUUUUUGAUCUUACAGUUUUAAGUAAGCCAGAGCAAGUUAUAAAACGUGGAUCCUGUUAAUACAAUGGGUGAUCUGACAAAAGUCAGCCUGCUGUUUGAACUACAUUUCAGUCUUCCUAAGCAAACAUCUCUCAAAUCUUGGUUAAUAUCACAAGAAGAAAACAGGAGUCUGUGCUAAGGAAUAAAAUGCUCAGUUUAAGUUGAAAUUCCAGCCACGUAGAGGUUAACCAAGCUAUCCUUGCUUACUUUUAAGGCAUAGAUACUGAAUAUGUGAGAUCCUGGAAACUACUGCAAGAAAAUGUCUUCUAUUUAGAUGAAUUGCUUCAUUUAAAUUGCUUCAUUUAGAAGCUAAAGACAACUUUUAUACAUUGUCCCUUCAAAUGAAAAAACAACUGGUCAUAUACCUUGAUGAUCAGAUUAGGGCAACCUUGGCUGAGCUACCAUUUUGGGGGGUAGGGGGGUAUUUUGGAGGCAAAAUUAUCAUCAGUUAGGAAGAUGCUUCUGUGUUAAUUUCAAAGGCAUUUUCUACAGUUAUAUCCUGUUGCUAAUUCUAAUCAAAUUUCUUAAUGUCUUGGCAUAAUCAUGACCAAGUGUGCACAUAUACCCACAGUCUAUUCUUUAGACAAAAAACAUGUAACUCCAGUGGACAUAUGCAGGAACUGAGGAGUUUCAAACCAUGUGCUUUUUAAAUCUUUUGAGUUCCUAAAAUAGGAAAUAGAAUGGAUCACAUCAAGUUUACUAAAGAAGAGACACUUACCUGAUUUCUGUUUGGAAUAAUGUAAGAUGACAAGAUGGAAAUGAAGCAAAGCCUCUGUCAGAACUGCUUUACAUUUACUGGUAAUAACGGGGCAUAUUCUUAGUUUGAGAAAAAUACAUUUAAAUGGUAUAUGAUACUUAUUUCUGAGGUCAGAUUCCACAGCAGUGCCCCAGCAAGAUUUCAACAAAGUGCACUUCCCUUUGACUACUUUGCAUUUUAAGAAGCUUUUUGUAAAUAACUAAAGGUAUAAUUUAUUGCAGUCAUCAGAUAUAUUAACUUUGAUGUAUUAGUAAGACCAUGUUUUUUUAAAAAAAUUUAUUCAGAAAUUGUUUGUGUAAACAAUUGUACCACUUGAUUUUGUACAAGAAACUCAUGAGUUACAACUCAGUCAGUUCAUGAGAUUGUGCUUCUUUAGGUUUUUAAAAUGAAUAAAGGCUCCCUUUAAGGCAGAAAUAUGUGUUGAUUUCUCUGCCAGGUGUGAUUAGCCCUUUCAGUUAACUUCCAUGUUUCAUGAGGGUUUUUCCCUGUCUUGUUCUGGACAAAUUUUCUGGCCUUCAAAAAUGAAGGAGGAAGGACAAACUAGAGUACAAACACAGAGCAUGUAGACAUGGCUAUGAAAAUUGUCUAUCUUCAACCACAGUUAUGGCAAUAGAGUCCUUCUGUAUAGAACUGUAUGUACAGACCCGUAACAUUGCCCAGAAAAAUGGCAAUAAAUGUACACAUGCAAAUUAGAUCAAGAGUUAGUUGCUGUAGUUUGAUCUUGUAUCAUUACUUGCACUAGAAAUUCUUUGGCUUUAAUUGUCUCUCUUAGGGCAUACUAAAUUGGAAAUAGGAUUGGAUGGGGUUGGAGAAAAUAUUCAAACCUAUGGAUCAUCUGGAAAAAUUCUAUAGGCAAGUUUGGUUUCUUUGUUACUAUGGACCUGUGAAAAGAGAAGGUAUUUCACAGAGUUUUAAAGUUUUACCUAUUCAUCGGUGAGCAUGGAUCCUAGCUAAUCUGAAUCUGUUAUGUUGUAAAUAGAAGACAAUCCCCACCCAAUAAAAUCUGAUUUAUAAAGUACUGUCCGGAAUUGAAAUAAACAUCAAGUCUAUGUG